AUGACAAUCACCCAUAUCGUUCUUUUCGAAUUCAAGCAGGGUGCACCUGUGGGAGCCAUCCAAGAAGCGUGCAAGAAUAUGCUCAGUCUAAGGGACCGCUGUCUCCAUCCAUCAACGGGCAAGCCAUACAUCCAGUCAGCAUCAGGUGGAAAGGAUAAUUCGCCGGAGGGCACACAGGGCGGGAUCACGCAUGCGUUUGUGGUCGAGUUUGCGACUAGUGCAGACAGAGACUUUUACGUUGCACAUGAUUCCAUACAUCAGGAGUUUGUGAAGGGCUUGGAUGGGUUGCUUGAGAGGGCUCAAGUGAUCGAUUUUACUCCUGGCGUUCUGUAA